GUCUUUGACCCCAACAAAUCCCAAACCAGAUGGAUGGGAAGGAUGAAGAGCAAGAGGACAGCGCGGGCCGGCCAAACUUUAUUGCUUGUCCUGCUGCCACACGCACCCCCUCCCUCCUCUCUCUCCUCUCUUCCGCGUCGCCGCCGCCAAAUUCCAACCGCAAUCCCGCCGCAAUCUGCUCCUGCGCGCGAAAUCGGUUCACGCAUCCUCAACUUUUCAGCUCAGGGUUCGCUGAAUUGCAUCGAGCUCGCCCUGCUCGGCCGCUGAGUUCCAUUCAGCUACCCGCUUCUAAUCCACAAGUCGCCUCUGAAGGUUGCAAGAAGCGCGUGCUGCAGAAAUCUUCCAGAGCUUCCUCCGUCGUCUCGGCCUCUGAAUCCCCGUAGCCGAGCUAGCCAAGAGGGCGGGGCUUCUUCAAAUUCUAGUCUUUGGCCGCUCGGAGCUGCUCCGAGCUCCUCAAGAUCGAGGCAGUCGAAGAGUCGGCAGCAUUCCUCUUAGGGUUUCCCCGCUGUCUGAUGGUCGGUAAUGGCGCUUAAGGCCUCGGCUCAGGGCGCCGCGGAGGCGGCCAUAGCGGCCAUCGGCCGCGGCUACGACGUUGUCUCGGACGUCCGCCUCAAGUACUGCAAGGGCAGGCUCGCGGACCCGGACGCGCGCCUCAUUGACCUCAGCCGCGAUGAGGUCCAGGACGUCGUGCUCCCCGGCGGGAUCAAGGUCGCCGCCGUCCCCAAGUCCAUCAAGUGCGACAAGGGUGAGCGGACGCGCUUCCGCUCCGAUGUCCUUUCCUUCCAGCAGAUGUCUGAACAGUUCAACCGGGAGCUUUCGUUGACUGGGAAAAUUCCAUCCGGCAUGUUCAAUAGCAUGUUUGAUUUUUCUGGCUGCUGGCAGAAAGAUGCGGCUGGCACCAAGUCGCUUGCUUUUGAUGGCUGGUACAUUUCGCUAUAUACAGUUGCGCUGUCCAAGUCUCGUAUUCUACUGCAUGAUCAUGUUACUCAAGCAGUGCCUUCAACCUGGGAUCCUGCUGCUCUGGCAAGGUUCAUUGAUAAGUUUGGAACUCACAUAGUUGUUGGUAUAAAAAUGGGAGGGAAAGAUGUUAUUUAUCUGAAACAACAGCAUUCAUCAAGCUUGCAACCAGCUGCUGUUCAGAAACGACUUAAGGACAUGUCAGACAGGAGAUUUCUGGAUGCAAACGAGCAUGAUAUGAAUACCAAGGCUGCAUAUGGGAAGGAUAAGAGGCAUGUUUUCAAUAAUUUGAUGCAACAUCCUGUACAGAAUGAUGCAAGAGAGCAACGACUAAGAUUUGUGGAAUCAAGCCCAUCAAGUUCUUACUGCUCGAAGGAGGACUUGGUGGUGGUGGUUAAGCGGAGAGGUGGAAGGGAAUGGGACAAAGAGAUGCCUCACAGUGAAUGGAUAAACACUGUUCAGUUAGAACCUGAUGUCAUCUCAAUGUCCUUUUUACCUAUUACUUCAUUGUUGAACGGAGUACCUGGCUGCGGGUUUCUGAAUCACGCAAUUAAUCUGUAUCUACGCUAUAAGCCUCCCAUUGAAGAACUUCACCAAUUUUUGGAGUUCCAGCUACCAAGGCAGUGGGCGCCUGUGUACAGUGACCUCCCCCUUGGCCCUCAGAGGAAGAGACAGAGUAGUGCAUCCUUGCCCUUGAGUUUCAUGGGACCGAGGCUCUAUGUCUGCACUAGUAUGGUUGAUGUGGGUGAAAGACCUGUUACUGGACUGCGGUUGUAUCUUGAGGGAAAGAAAAGCAACAUGUUGGCUAUCCAUCUUCAGCAUCUAUGCUCGCUUCCUCAAAUUCUGCAGCUUCAGGAUGACCCAUACAAUCACCGAACUCCAGAACCAUAUGACAGCAAGUACUUCGAACCAUUUGGAUCCUGGAAGCGUUUCUCUCAUGUCUACACGAAACCAGUGGAGUCUGACGAUGACUCCUCAAUCGUUACUGGGGCACAGUUACAUGUGAGCAGCCAUGGGUUGAGGAAAAUCCUCUUCCUCCGCAUCCGUUUCUCCAAAGUCAUCAAUGCUGCACUUGUCAAGAAUCCCGAAUGGGAAGGAUCACCAAAUCUGGGCCAGAAGUCCGGGCUCAUCUCGACGCUCAUUAGCACACAUUUCUCCACGGCGGCUCAGAAGCCUGCCCCUCGCGCAGCUGAUGUGAACAUCAAUUCGGCUGUGUACCCCGGCGGUCCACCUGUGCCUGUGCAGGCCCCAAAGCUGCUCAAGUUUGUGGACACAGCAGAAAUGUUGCGGGGACCACAGGACAUGCCGGGAUACUGGGUGGUCUCUGGUGCAAAACUGCAGCUCGAGAGGGGCAAGCUAUCGCUGCGGGUGAAGUACUCACUCUUGACAGCCAUGGUACCUGAUGAUGAGUAUCCACUUGAUGAACAUAAUUGAAACUCAGUACCUGGAGAGGCUAAUGUGCAAUUUAUGAUAUGGUGAUGGUGCAUGCUAGUAAAGGUUUUCAAUGUACGUUUUAGGAAGGCUCUCCAACAUGUACAUUGCUUCUCUUUUGAUUCUGCCUAUUUCUCUCACCAGAGCGUGCUGUCUGUAGUUCAAUAUCGGGCGUUCAAUUUGUUUUGCAGAGGGUGAAGUGUACAACAUUCUUUGUAUAUGCAUGAUGUAUGUACUUGCAACAGCGGGAAGAUAGCACUUGCUAUUCUGCUCCUAUCUUUUCUGAACCA